UUUUCUUUUGACGAGUAUCAUGAGUGAAUAUGACGUCAUCAAAUUUCCAGAUGGCGAUCAAAGCUUUUGUAUUUGACAUUUAAGUCUUUAUUGUAUACUAACAUUUGUUUGACAGACAUCUAACUUAUUUUAGUUUCAAUGUGCUUCCUUUUUCUUAUAACAUGCAUGCUCUGAUGCCACGGUGCGGUGGAACAGCUUAUUGGAUAAUUCAUUAAUAUCUCAUGGCAAUGCUUCAGUUAAUAAUUCAAGUGGAUUAAUCAAGGAUAAAAUUCCUGGUUCUGUAACCACCGUGCCACCAGCUAUUGUUGAAUUGCAUCAAUUAGCCAUGAUGGAAGACCGCAUGUAUGCACUAGUACUUUUAUAUAUAUUCUUUUUUAUGUUUGUAAAAAAAUCUUUUUGCACAUUUUGCUUAUAUAUCAUCGCUUAAUUUCUUCUCUGCUAUUAUUUGCUCUUGUGGAAUACAGACCAGAUGUAGAAUUGGUCGCACAAGAUCAAUCUAUACCACAGCUUCCCAAUAUUCAACUGGGUAUGACUAUUACUUCUGGAAAUGUAGUAAUACAAAAAGAUAACAACAACCUCAUUGGUAUCAGUAUUGGUGGUGGAUCUCCUCUUUGUCCUUGUCUAUAUAUUAUACAAAUCUUUGACAAUACACCUGCUGCAUUGGAUGGUACUCUUCAAUCUGGGGAUGAACUAGUAGCUGUAAAUGGGGUCUCUGUAAGGGGUAAAACAAAAGUAGAAGUUGCAAAAAUGAUACAGUCUUGUGAUUCCCAAAUUAGCAUUAAUUACAAUAAAUUGCAUGCUGAUCCUAAGCAAGGACGUACUCUUGACAUUGCUUUGAAAAAGGUUAAACAUCGAUUAGUAGAAGGGAUGGGUAGUGCAACUGCUGAUGCACUUGGUUUAUCGCGUGCUAUUCUUUGCAAUGAUGCUCUUGUUCAAAGACUAAAUGCUCUGCAACGUACAGAAAAUUUAUAUAGGGGAUUAGUUUCUCAUGCGAAAGCAACAUUACAUACCUUUUUUGAUCUCACUCAAAUUUACAAAGUAUUCGGAGAUACUUUCGCAGCGAUAGGUGUUAGAGAGCCACAGCCACGUGCUAGUGAAGCAUUUAGACAAUUCGGAGAACAACAUAGACAAAUGGAAAAAUUUGGAGUGACUAUGUUAAAAACGCUGAAACCUAUAUUAAAUGAUUUAGGCACAUACCUUCAUAAAGCAAUACCAGAUACACGUUUAACGAUAAGCAAAUAUGCAGAUGCAAAAUUCGAAUAUCUUUCGUAUUGCUUGAAAGUUAAAGAAUUAGAUGACGAAGAACAAAGUUAUGCAGUAUUACAGGAACCUCUUUAUCGCGUUGAAACUGGAAAUUAUGAGUAUCGAUUGGUUCUACGAUGUCGACAAGAAGCUCGUGCUAAAUUUGCAAAAUUAAGAGCAGAUGUGCUCGUUAAAUUAGAACUGCUCGAUAAUAAACAUGUUCAAGAUGUCGUAUGGCAAUUACAAAAAUUUGCAUCUGGGUUAGCAAAAUAUUACGCUAAUAGCGCAGAUUUAUUAUCGGCAGUAACAUUAUUCCCUGUAGAAGUUGACUUAUCCCAUUCCGCGUUUCAAUAUAAAUCGACUGGUCCUCAGUCAGUACAAGAUAACGAAGAUAUUGAUGAGUUUGAGCCAGAACAAAAACAAGAAGUCAAGGAAGAAGUUCUCAUAGAUACACAAAAUCCACCAUUAAUAUGGAUGGACGGAAAUAAUAUGUAGCGAUAUGUACCAAAAGACAAUUAAAUGAGUACUUUUGAACUUUUA